GAGCAUUAGCCAACUACAGUACUCAGUAGUGUAGUCUGUACUCUGUGGAUUAUCUCACACAGUACGCAUUUUGUUAACGAACCACCUUUACUGUGUUACUGUUACACACAAAAUACACUUCCGCGACUUGCGAGUUGCAAUAGGAGUCGAGGCUGCAAGAGUUCCCGGAGAAGAAGAUACAGAAAAGUGUCUACACAAGAAAAGAAUAUUAUAUAUAUAAUAAGAAGGGAAAGAAAAUUCAACUGGAAAGAAAAAAAGCCCGAUUUUCCGGGGAAAACAAUUUAUGGGUCACUCUUCAUCUUCGCCAUCGUUCUUCUCAUCACUAGGCAUAGCAAUCUUGAUUCUUCCUGCCUUUCGUUUAAUACCAUUCUCCUAUUCUCUUCCCUUCAUUGUACUUCAUGGAAUUGGGGAUCAGUGCUCAAACAAAGGCGUGAAGCAAUUUACUGAGGAGCUGAGUGAAUGGUCCAAAUCCGAUGGAUAUUGCCUAGAAAUAGGAGAUGGCGCCUGGGAUUCUUGGUUUAUGCCUCUAGAGGACCAGGCGGAAGUUGUGUGUAAAAAGGUGAAGGAAAUGGAAGAACUCCAACAAGGAUACAACAUAGUUGGCCUCUCCCAGGGUAACCUAAUAGGCCGAGGUGUUGUGGAAUUCUGUGAUGGAGGUCCACCUGUUAAGAAUUUUAUUUCUUUAGGAGGACCUCAUGCUGGUACUGCUUCUGUUCCUCUCUGUGGGUCUGGCAUCUUUUGCAUUAUAGCCGAUGCCCUAAUCAAAUCUGAAGUAUACUCUGACUAUGUCCAGAGUCACUUGGCUCCUAGUGGAUACCUCAAGCUUCCAAAUAACAUUCCUGGCUACUUGGAAAGCUGUCGAUUUCUUCCCAAGCUUAACAAUGAACUCCCCGAUCAGAAAAAUUCUACUUACAAGGAGCGGUUCAGCAGCCUGCAGAAUCUCGUGCUUAUCAUGUUUGAACAUGACACCGUCCUGAUACCAAAAGAAACUUCCUGGUUUGGGUAUUAUCCAGAUGGGGAAUUCAAACCGGUGUUACCCCCUCAGCAGACACAGCUUUACGUCGAGGACUGGAUUGGUUUGAAAACGUUGGAUGAUGCUGGGAGGGUGAAGUUUGUCAACGUGUCUGGAAAUCACCUGGGGAUUUCUAAAAGCGAUAUGAAGAAGUUUGUCGUUCCUUACUUGGAGGAUGAAUCGUCAGAAGAUGAUGCCGCGGGUUCACAUUAUUCACUCGAUGAGCAGGUCGUGAUAGAAGGUCUGCCGUCUGGCUGGACAUUUCGGGUGAAGAGCUUCUUCACAAGACUAACUGGCUUGGGAAAGGAUGAACCAUGAAUCAGCCAUUGAUUUGAAGUGUCAAAUGAAUUGAAUGUGAUGCGUUUGUUAGAACCAAUCACGAUCAUUUAAACUGGUUCUUCAGUGUACCCAUUGUUGAGACCACUGCCACUCUGGUUUCUACUUCAUGAUUAUUGGAUUCCAUUAAGCUCAAAAUGUACAAAUUAAACUUUAUCCUA